CGGUUCUCCCGCCCUCAUCCGAACCCAUCAUCGACUGCCUCCAUCCGUCACCAAGACCAAGGAAGAAAAAGAAACAAGGAGGAGGGAUCACAGGGAUCAGGGAUCGCUUUAUCCGCCACGUCCGUGUCAAACCAGAACCCGUAAUUUAUUGGAAUAACAACUCGCCAUCUCAACUAGACAUCGUCAGGAGGACGUUUUGCCCGGACUAGAAACCAGCAGGUCGUCAUGGGGGGACUGACGGCGUUUGUGCUCUUACUUGCGGCGACCUUGACGCUCUCAUCCGAGGUGCCUGCUGAUGACUCUGUGGGUUUGCUGACUGAGCCGCAGGUGGCCAUGAUCUGCGGUAAGCUUAACAUGCACAUCAAUGUGCAGAGUGGCAACUGGGAGCCAGACCCCUCCGGGUCCAAGAGCUGCGUGGGCACCAAGGAGGGCAUCCUAAAUUACUGCCAAGAAGUAUAUCCAGAACUUCAGAUCACUAACGUGGUGGAGGCCAACCAGCCUGUCAGCAUCCCAAACUGGUGCAAGAAAGGGCGCAAGCAGUGCCGCAGUCACAAUCAUAUAGUGGUGCCCUACCGCUGCUUGGUGGGGGAAUUUGUAAGCGAUGCACUGCUGGUUCCUGACAAGUGUAAAUUCUUGCACAAGGAGUAUAUGGACCAGUGUGAAAGCCAUCUGCACUGGCAUGGUGUCGCCAAAGAGUUCUGCAGCGAUCGUGCCACCAGCCUCCAUGACUACGGACUGCUGAUGCCCUGUGGUAUUGACCUUUUUCGAGGGGUGGAGUUUGUGUGCUGCCCGAUGGACGCCGAGCAAGAUUCCGAUAGCGCAGCACUUGAUGGCGAAGAGUCAGACGUCUGGUGGGGCGGAGCUGAACCUGACAACAAAGAAAACAGCAUGGCAGAACAGUCAGACACAGAGCCCGCUGAGGAGGAGGAUGAUGAGGAUGACGACGAAGAAGCCGACACCUUUGAAAGGGACGAGAAUGAUGAGGACGAUGAGGAAGAUGACGACAUGGCCAUUGAUGGGGAUAGCGAGGAGCGCAACGCUAACGUAGCCAUGACAACCACCACCACUACUGAAUCCAUUGAAGAGGUUGUCCGAGCCGCAUGUUGGGCACCCGCCAAAUCAGGCCCGUGUCAUGACAUGCUGGAGCGCUGGUACUUCGUGCCUGAAAAGGCACGCUGUGCCCCCUUCCUGUUUGGGGGCUGCGGGGGCAACAGGAAUAACUUUGAUUCCGAGGAAUACUGCCUCGCUGUCUGCAGCAGCUCGUUGCCCACCAUGUCGCCCAGCCCCCCAGACGCCGUGGACCAAUACCUGGAGUCCCCCGGCGAUGACAACGAGCACGGCGACUUCCAGAGGGCCAAGGAAAGUCUGGAGGCCAAGCACAGAGAAAAGCUGUCUCAGGUGAUGAAGGAAUGGGAGGAGGCUGAGAGGGAAGCCAAGAACCUCCCACGUGCUGAUAAGAAAGCUGUCAUUCAGCGCUUCCAGGAAAUAGUGGAAGCCCUGGAGCAGGAGGCCGCUGGUGAGAGACAGCAGCUGGUUGAAACCCACAUGGCCCGCGUGGAGGCUCUGCUCAACAGCCGCCGACGCGUGGCUUUGGAAAACUACCUCAACGCGCUGCAGGCCAACCCUCUGCGGCCACGGCAGGUACUGAGUCUGCUGAAAAAAUAUGUUCGGGCCGAGCAGAAGGACCGCCAGCACACAGUCAAACAUUACGAGCACGUUCGAACUGUCGACCCCAAAAAAGCGGCGCAGAUUCGGCCUCAGGUUUUGACCCAUUUACGCGUGAUCGACGAAAGGAUGAACCAGUCCGUAGGUUUGCUCUACAAGGUUCCCAACGUAGCCAACGACAUCCACAGCCAAGUCUCUGUCAUCGUUCAGCGAGUUCAGGCCGAGCUGUCUCAGCAAGUGUCGUCCCUGCAGAGCGACAGCAGGCAGGCGGAUGGCAGGGUAAGCUACGGCAACGACGCCCUCAUGCCUGAUCAGGCGUACAGUUUUGCUCCGAUGGAACCAGGCCUGGACGGGCUGGGUUUCAUUCACCCCGAGAGCUUCAAUCAACCCAACACAGAGAACCACGUGGAACCUGUGGAUGCCCGCCCACUUCCAGAUAGAGGACUACCUACACGGCCUGUGUCUGCCUUGAAGCCAGAGGAGAUGCCCCACGUGCGCAUGGAGACUGAUAAGAGGCAAAGUACUGGCUAUGAAGUUCACCAUCAAAAACUGGUCUUUUUCGCCGAAGACGCGGGCUCCAACAAAGGCGCCAUCAUCGGGUUGAUGGUGGGAGGCGUCGUCAUAGCGACCGUCAUCGUCAUCACCCUGGUCAUGCUGAGAAAGAAGCAAUAUACCUCUAUCCACCACGGUGUCAUUGAGGUGGAUGCAGCGGUGACCCCCGAGGAGCGUCACCUGGCCAAGAUGCAGCAGAACGGCUACGAGAAUCCUACCUACAAAUUCUUUGAGCAGAUUCACAACUAAAAAGAAAAGAUCCUCUCGCUCACAGGCUCUGUUCCACUUUCUGCUCCCGUUUGACGUGAAGAAAAAGAGAAGUGGGGACAUUUUAAGUUGGAAGCAGAUGUGGAGCAAAGCCUGGCGAACCCCCUCAAUUGCACAAAGUAACACUAAAUGGAGUGAGACAAGGGUUUACCCUGCACAUUUAAGCCAAUCACACAACACCUCUUGGCAGUGUUUGUACCAAUUUGUUGACUGACUAUAGCUAUACUCUAUAUAUACACAUAUAUGAAUAUUAUUACAGCACUGCGCUAGCCAGCUAUUUAAAGCAUCCAGCUCCAAACAUUUCAGGUUUGUUUCAUCAAAAGAAAUAUUUUCAUUUUUGCUGUGUAAUAUAUGAAGGAGAUUAGCAGUAUGUCUACGUAUCGUGCAUGGCCAUAUUGACAGGUCCGAUCUUUUCAGAUAUUUUAGCGGGAUUGUACAUUUCUGGUGUCUUCUUUGUGAUCUUGUGCGAUAUGAAGAUCUUUAAAAAGUAUAUUUAGAACGCUUGAACAUUUCUUGAGCUCAUCUCCACGCUUCACUGUUGUGUUAGCUGCAUGGGCAAAAAAAAAAAAAAAAAAAACUAUUUAAAAAAAAAAAAUAAGCACAAAUACAUACUACAUGUAAUAUAUGAAGUGUAAUAGUAUCCGAAAGGAAGAUGAUUGUGUUACUGUUUGCGUUUUAUGCACUCUGUCUUUGUCAUUUUGGGUGUACGGUUGAAAUCCUAAUCAUUCCUGUUGAAUCAUUCCUUUUUUGGGGGGGUGCAAAAUGUUGUCCCUGUUAUUCCACCGCAGCUUUAAAAGUCAUUUUAAUUGAAAGAGUCCGUAUUCUUUUACUUCGCCAUUUCAUGUUACCGGUUUGCAGUUUUGAGCCUUCCGUGGCGUGGUAGAUGUGUCGAGUCGUCACUUAUAUAAUUUGUUGCCCCACACAUAUCAUUUCAGGUGAAUGUUUAAAAAAAUGUGUUUUCUAGAUACAUGAGGAACCAUUUGCUCAACAGUUUCUACGGCCACCAUACCAUGAAUAAAAUUUGAAUGUACAUAAAAAAAACUGUCUCUUAUUUGGAAACUGGGAUGUAUGGGUGUGACAAAAUAUCAAAAUGGUGAUAUGGCGGAAAACAAAGACUGAAAAAGCCGUUUCUGCUCUUGCACUCCUCUUUAAAAGAAACUGCUGUAUCUUAAGCCAAGAACUGUUGUUUGAUAGAACAAUAUGUCUACAUGCUGCCAUAGCGGAUUCAUGGCGCAUUAAGCCCCCAAACUAUUUUUAAUUUGUCCGUUUUACCCUGGAAACCCCCGUUUACAGACGUCGCGCAACCGCUUUUGUUUCAACCGAGCCAUAAAAAGAAAGUAAUCGUAUUUAUUAUUUGAAAUUUGUCAUUUUUAGCUUAGAAUCAUUAAUUGAUGUCUAAUAUUUAGUUUAAAAAAGAAACUAUUUUAAAAAUUUAUUCACUCACAUAUUUUAAAUUUUUAAACAAGCGUCUGUAAACUAGCGUCUGUAAAAAAGUCACGGAUAUUUACCUCAUAACUAUCGCUUAAUUGCGUUUUUUUCGUUACCGUCACAUUUUCCCCCAGUAUUUUAGAUGAUGAAUAAUCGAUCCAAACAAAGGAAAAUUGGGGGGAAAAAAAACGUUUGAAAGGGUAAAUAAAUGAAAAUCCUUGAUGUCUGCGAUUUCUGCAUCGCGACCCUUGUUAUAUUACCAUGUUUUACCCAUAAAAUCCCCCCAAAAUCCGGCUGUGGCCAUUCACAGCUGUGUCUUGACACUUGGUGAUACGUGCUACAUGGAGUUUUUGGAUCAAAAAGAAGUACGCGAUAAUAUCUCGUUAAAAUCAUGGCGUCCUUAUGUUCUCGUGUGCUCUCACCUCCAGUUAGGGUUUUGAUGUUUAAAAAAAAAAAAAAAAAAUUAUGCCCUCCUGUUCAAAAUUUUUCUUCCCCCAGAAAAUUGAGAUUUUAAGCUUUCCAAUGAUGUAUCACACAUGCAUAUAGGACAAUUUUUAAAUUUGGCCAAAUUGGGGGUCUCAGAGCGGAACUUCAAGUCACCUUGUGUGUUUUCCGCCAUAUACAGAACUUGCCGAAUUAUGCUUCAUGACAUCUGUCAUAAGCAGAGGUGGGUAGAGCAGCCAAAAUUUUGACUCGAGUAGCAUUACUUCAAAGUAAAAGUCAUCCAAAAAUGUACUCAAGUACUAGUAUCCAGUGAAAACACUCAAGUACACUCAAGUAAUGAGUUACAUUGUAAUUGCUUAUUUUUGUUAGAUUUUUUUGUUAGAUUUUUCUGUUAGAUUUUUUUUUUUCUAAACAAUAGUAUUUUUUUUUUCUCAACAGUUAUCUAUAUGAACUCCUGUCAUAAUGAUACUGUACAGAAAUGAUACAUUAUUCGUCCAAAGAGCAUGAGUGCCCUCUAGUGGAGAAAAAAGUUCCAAGCUUGAAUAGUUCCUUCAUUGUUACUAUUAUGAAAUUAAAAGGAUCAUAUCUCAGUUUUUCCGUGGUCAGUCGGAACCAAAUAAAAACUGGGAAAGAGGUUUAAAUUUGCGCUUUUGAGUCAUGUUGAGGCCAGCACCACGUGAUUGAACAGGCUGUCGUAAUCAUAGAAUGGCAAGCUUGUGUCUGAUUGGUAUCAUGGAGUUGUGAUUAUUGUUGCGACGUCUCACUGGUGAAAUUGGUAGAGCUUCUCUUGGCAUCGCUGGCAAAAAUAAAUAAUUUUCGCACUAUCAGGCGCACCUGACUAUAAGCCGCCACCCACCAAACAAGAAAACGGCAUUUGUUCAUAGAUAAACCACUCUGGACUAUAAGCCACAGCUGUCCUCACUGUAUUAUAAGUGUCUGUCAUGAGACCAAAUGAACCACCAUGAAGCUUUGAACCAAUUGGCUGCAAGACUUCAUUGCUUCAAGACACUUUAUUUGACCAUAACUGCUCCCUUGGGUGACACAGUCGACCUCUGCUGCCACCUGCUGUAAAUACUGUUGUUAUCCAACAUGCCUCCUAGCAUGCAUUGCAGCUCUACAGAUGUAAAUAAUUAUCAAAAAUUCAUAUUAUGUGCUAAAUAUUUCUUCAGUUACUGUUCCAGUUGUUUCAUUAAAUGCUAGUUAUGGUAAUUGUUAACACUUUAUUUGACUGUGACUCCAAAAGACUGUCAUUAGACAGUCAUAAUUAUGACAUGACACUGUCAUGAACAUUAAUGAAUGCUUAUACCAGAUGUCAUUUAUUGUUAUCCGGCAAACCAUCUCACUUCUGAAUGGAUGUAAAAGAUCCGAGAUGGACAUUAAUGGAGUUGGUGGCAUAAUUUGCCAGAUCACACUUAAUGACAUCUGUCAUAAGCAGUCAGUAAUGCCCAUGAUAGUGUUAUGUCAUAAUUAUGAUGGUCUUAUGACAGUUUUAUGAGGCCGCUGUCAAAUAAAGUGUUACCGAUAAACCUAAAUAAAUCAACAAAUAAGCCGCACAGGACUAUAAACCACAGGAUUCAAAAUGAAGGAAAAAAGUAGCGGCUAAUAGUCCGAAAAUUAUGGUAAUAUGAAGAAAAAAGAGGAAAAGUGUAACGACUCUUGUGUAGCCCAAAGUAGCGGAGUAAUAGCGUUUUUGCUAUACAAAUCUACUCAAGUAAAAAGUAUGGCAUGGUAAAACUACUCUUAGAAGUACAUUUUUCUCAAAAAGUUACUCAAGUAAAUGUGACAGAGUACAUGAAACGCGUUACUACCCACCUCUGGUCAUAAGCAUUCAUUAAUGCCAUGAGAGUGUCGUGUCAUAAUUAUGACAGUCUUAUGACUCUGUUGUCAAAUAAAGUGUUACCUAUUGACACAAAUAAAUCAAUAAAUAGGCUACACUGGACUGUAAGCAGCAGGAUUCAAAAUGAGGGGGAAAAAGAGGCUUACAGACCGAAAAUUACGGUACCUUUUUCACUCAUUGGUUGCCAUUGACUCCAAUAGCUCCCAGCCCCUUCCAGUUUAAAUGGAUUGGACGUCUAUUGGUGUCACUGGCAGAGAGCAAGUAAGUGUUGAGAGAAAUGGUGGAGGAAAUGUUUUGUAUUCAUAAAUGUGUCCUCAGUUGAUGUUGAAAUAAUGUUCCUAUUGCAUGUUAUUAUUGACAUAUUAACUUUUCGCCACAAGAUGGCAGGAUGGGACUUAAUGGUCUAAAGUGCUACUUUUAUUACUUCUUCUUGUUUGACUUUGAUGACUUUGAUUUGUGGGAUUGCCUGUGAAGACAGCAAUGAGAGAGGAUGUAUCCGCAUGUCAAUGGAAAUUAAAUACGCCGAGUUUUGGCUAAAAGACAACUUAUUCUCCGUCAAUUCUUCCUACGAAUGCAACGUUGAGCUGCAACCACCUCAACAGGUUAUGAGCCCAGGAGUCAUUCGAAGGUAAAGUCAGUUUCCACCGUGUAGAAGGUUGCUCACGGACUGCUGAUUAGCGGAAAAAGCUAACAAGCAACAUGGAUCCACAAGGAACAAGUAGGUUACCUUGACUGGCAUUUGACGGAGAUGAAGCUAAAUAUGAACUCUGGGAAACUAAAAUGUUGGGACAUUUUCAUCUAAUCGGGCUAAAGAAGACAGUGCUGGUAGGACCAACCACUGAAGCAGAGAGAGAAAAUGAUGAAAUGAAAAAUGCGGACGCAAAUGCUGAAAUGAUACAACUUCUUGAUGAUAAAAGCCUUUCAUUAAUAAUGAGAGAUGCGCAAAAUGACGGAAGAAAAGCUCUGAAAAUAUUAAGAGAAUAUUAUGCUGGGAAGGGAAAACCCAGGAUUAUAAAUCUGUACACCAUGCUAACAUCUCUUCAAAAGGGAAACGAAGAAAGCAUAGUGGACUACAUAAUAAGAGCUGAGACCGCCAUCACAGCAUUGCGAAAUGCAGGUGAAACAUUGGGAGAUGGUCUACUUAGCGCAAUAGUCUUGAAGGGGCUGCCAGAAAGUUACAAGCCAUUUACAAUUCAUGUGGCGCAUACAGAUGAGAACAUGACAUUUGCAGAAUUCAAAACCAAACCCCGAAGUUUUGAAGAAACGGAAAAGUUAAAUGCAGCAGAAACAAGCGACAGAGUGAUGAAGACUAAAGCAAGAGCUUCAAAGCAAACCACAAAAGCAAACGCUCGUGACCGGAUCAAAGACGACGCAGAGUUGGUGUGCUUCAAAUAAAGGCCACCGUGCAAAAUCAUGUCGACAAAAGACAUGGUGUAGUCGUUGCAAAACGGACACGCACAAAGACACCACUUGCAGACGCAAGGAAACACCGGACGGAGCGAGAAAAAUUGCUGAAGAUGGAGAUCCUGACUUCGCAUUCAAGGUGAGAGAUGAACAGCCCAACACCAGGCGGCAGGAUACACACAGCAUCCGGGAACGAGGCCUGAUGGCAGGUGGUACCCGGUGCAGUGGAGUCUCACUAAAAAGAGAAGAUGCGGAGUGCUACCUGAUUGACAACGAAUGACAUGAUAGCUGAUAUCAUGACAAAACCUGUAACAAAGUUUAAAUUGAAGAAGUUUGACAGUGUUAUUUUUGGAAUUUGAAAUUUAAAAGUUCAUUCGGUCAUUAAAAAGGCCAUCAACAUGAGAACAAGUGGGGGUGUUGAGAGAAAUGGUGGAGGAAAUGUUUUGUAUUCAUAAAUGUGUCCUCAGUUGAUGUUGAAAUAAUGUUCCUAUUGCAUGUUAUUAUUGACAUAUUAACUUUUCGCCACAAGAUGGCAGGAUGGGACUUAAUGGUCUAAAGUGCUACUUUUAUUACUUCUUCUUGUCUGACUUUGAUUUGUGGGAUUGCCUGUGAAGACAGCAAUGAGAGAGGAUGUAUCCGUAUGUCAAUGGAAAUUAAAUACGCCGAGUUUUGGCUAAAAGACAA